ACAAAAAAAAUUCGUGUGUGCGGUUUUCAUCGAACAAGCGGAAGAAAAUUGAAUUUUCCCUGAAAUUUUCGCAUGCAGCAGUGGUAAAAAUAGUGGAAAACCAUGGCUGACGCAGCGGCACGUCAGCUGCAGUACGAGUACAAAGCGAACUCGAAUUUGGUUUUGCAAGCGGAUGUCCGUCUGAUCGAGAGGCCACGUCGAGAUGAAGCUACCGGCGAGGUGCUGUCGCUGGUUGGAAAGCUGGAGGGCACGAGAAUGGGAGAUCGGGCACAGCGAACCAAACCGGAGAAGACCGAGGAGCGGAAGGCAAAACGCCAGAAGCGUGACGAAGCGCAGUACGACUUCAACAGCAUGAAGGGUGCCACCCUGCUGACGGAGGGAAUCGACGAGAUGGUCGGUAUAGUGUACCGUCCGAAAACGCAGGAAACCCGUCAGACGUACGAGGUGUUGCUCAGCUUUAUCCAGGAGGCCAUCGGCGAUCAACCGAGGGAUAUCCUGUGCGGUGCGGCCGAUGAGAUUUUGGCCGUGCUGAAGAACGACAAGCUUAAGGAUCGGGAACGGAAGCGGGAGAUUGACGGGCUGUUGGGGACGGUGACGGACGAGCGGUUCGCUCUGUUGGUCAACCUUGGUAAGAAGAUUACCGACUUCGGGGCGGAUGCGUCGUCAUCGGGUGGUGCGACGGGAGUGACCGAGGGCGAGCAGAUUGAUGAUACCUACGGGAUAAAUGUGCAGUUCUACGAGUCGGAGGAGGAGAGCGACGAGGACAAGUACGGAGAGAUCCGAGACGACGAUGUGCAGGAUGAGGGCGAGGAGGCCCGGGACGAUGGCAUUUUGCACGCUGAGAAUGUAAGUAGUAUUUUAUAUAUUUAUCUAUGGAUAACUCCGUCUACAAAUUACGUAACGCUCAAGGGGAAGGGAGAAUACGGCCCAGCAUUGCAACCAAUGCAAACAAAAAGUGUUGGGGAAGGAAGGGAACCAAUAUAGGGUAUCGGUACUGGG